GUAAACAGAAAGUGGAGAGAAAGUUUGGUUAUGUUUUCUUUUUUUUUUUUGUUCUUUCUCCAUCUCUAUUUUUCAGGAUAUAUUCCCUUUUCUUUUGUGGCUACGUUUUUUCUUCUUUUAAUGCUUUCUUCUUAUCCUUCAACAAAGUGUUUGAGAUUCAAGUUUGUGAAAUUGGGUUUCUUUCAGAUUAGAUAUUAACUUCUGCUUCAGGUAAAGAAUUGCAGUAGAAUCAGUUUUCCAGGCCUCUGUUUUCCCUGUUUCUUCCAGGAGGAGGAGUUUAAUUCUCAGUUUAAGCCGAUAAUUGAGAUUUGAUUUUUGAUGGUGUUCUUCUUAUAUAUCUCUAACAAGGAGCUUGGUUAGGUUCCUAGAGUAAAUUUUUAGGAGACACUUUCUUGGGAAACAAACUGUAACUUUGGCUCUCUGGCUCUCUGUUUCCUGAUGGGUUUUGUUAGCUCUUGGAUUUUUUGAUAUUCAAUAUUGAUCUGAGUUGGGUUUACAACACAUCUAAAAGCAGAGCUGGGGAAGAAAUGGAGUCAGAUUUCCAACAUCAUCCUCACAAUCUUCUUGAUAAUUGCCAGCAGCAUCAGAACCAAAAACCGAUAAAUUCAGGGUUGACACGCUACCAAUCUGCUCCAGGCUCGUUGUUUUCGAGUUUAUUGGACAGAGAUUUCUGUGAGGAGUUUUUCAACCGGCCUUCUAGUCCUGAAACAGAGCGAAUCUUUGCAAGAUUUUUAUCAUCCAGUAGCGGAGCCAGCGGUGCUAACACGGAGAACUUCUCCGAUGCGGCGAGGCAAAAUUCUCCAGAAAAAGUUGUGGAGGUGAAGGUUGAGCCGCAGACACAGAUGAUGGCGUCAAUGAAAAGUGAAACAGGGGUUAUGCAGCUGCAGCAGGGCAACUAUUCCUCUGCUUCGCAGAAUUUUUAUCAAAGCCAACGUCGACAGUCUCUGCAUAAUCAGAAUUCGAGUUCGGCCAUGGAGUGUACCAUGGCUAGUUCUAUUGGUAUGGACCGGUCACCGCCGAUGAAAACCGGCGGCGGUGGUAAUUCCAGUCUUAUCCGACACAGCAGCUCUCCGGCUGGUCUCUUCGCCAAUCUACAUGUUGAUCAUGGCUAUGCUGUGAUGAGAAACAUGGGAGAUUUGGAAGGUGGGAAGACUGGAAAUAUAGAGUCAACGUUUCAUUCUGCAAACAGGCCACCUCUGUCUCCUAUACUGAAUCCAAUUCCAGAAGUCAGGAACAAAAACCUCGGACCAAAUUCUUUAGACAAUCCAGGAUUCAGAGAAAACCGUCAGAACAGUUAUUCCACUGGAUUCCCAACUGGGUCUUGGGAGGAAUCAACCAUGAUGUCUGAUGAUAUGACCAGAAGACUUGGAGAGGAGGACAGAACACUUUCAUCCGAAAUUCAGAACGUAGACACCGGAAACCGGCCGCCACCCAUUUUGGCUCACCACUUAAGCUUGCAAAAAACGUCAGUGGAGAUUUCUGCUCUUGAGAACUUCUUGCAACUCCAGGAUUCUGUGCCCUGUAAGACCCGGGCCAAGAGGGGUUGUGCCACUCAUCCCAGAAGCAUUGCAGAAAGGGUUAGGAGAACCAAAAUAAGUGAGCGAAUGCGGAAACUGCAAGAUCUUGUCCCAAACAUGGAUAAGCAAACAAGCACUGCAGACAUGUUGGAUUUGGCCGUUGAGUAUAUUAGAGAGCUACAAGAACAGGUCAAGACACUUUUGGAUUCUCGAGCAAAAUGUAGGUGUGGUAAUGGUAACAAGUAGCAGCAAUAGCCAAUAUUGUGACCUAUUUAUAUAUAGAAGAAGCACUGGAGGAAUUAAGCAGGCUUCUUACCAUCUUUUGCACUUAGAAUAAGAUAUGUAGCAAUUGUGUUUAUUAUGGUGAUGUGAAUGGAGAAGAGGAAAGGUCUGCUGAAAGUUGACGUUUGAGAUCCAAAAUCUAAAUGCGAUCUUAGAAAUUUAGCUAUCGGAAAAUAGAUGAUGUCUUUUAAAAUGUCUUAAGCAAUUAAGACAUUGAAUCUUC